UGAUAUGUGAAGCAAUAAGCCUCAAAUGCUAAUGUGGCUAUACUCAUCGACCGAAACGACACCGACGUAAUGCGUUUUACACUCCAGAGACCACGAAGUUUCAAACAAUUACAAAAUCCCCAAACUAUCCCUUCUCUCUCUUCCUUUCUUCUCUCUCUUCUCCGCAUGAAGUAGGGUUUAACCCCAAACCUCAAAUCAGCGAUCAGACCCCAAAACCCUCUCUAAAACCCAGCCAUGUCUUCGCUAAUACUCCGCUCCCGUUUAGCCUCUCAGCUCUCUAAGCGCGGCCGCCGCCUAUUGAGCUCCGACACUGCCGCUCCUAAACAGCCCUUCUCCGCCGCCGAAACCCUCGCUUCUAAUACCACUUCACCGCCACGCGCCGCCGAUGGAAGCGCCUCUACUGAAAAGCCCUGGAGGUUCCUCAAGUACACCCUCAUUGCCGCUCUCACCGGAGCCACCGCCGGCAUUGGUUACAUCUCUUACGCCUACUCGUACAAGGAAAUAGACGAAAGGACAAAGGCUCUGCGAGAGGAAGCGAGCCGCAUCGAAAUCGCGGAUGAUGCAUCGGUUUUCGAUAAAUUUAAAAGUCUGGUCUAUACUUCUCCAGUUACUGUUCCAGCUAAAGCAGCUGAAGCUUACCUUGAUGCAAGGAGGGCAAUUGAAGAACAAGUUCGAGGCUAUACUGAACCGUACGCAGAAAAGCUUCUUCCUGAUUUGCACCCUAUGGAGAGACAUGUUUAUACACUUGUUCUGGAUCUACAGGAAACAUUGCUUUACUCUUAUUGGACGAGGGAAAAGGGCUGGCAGACGGUUAAACGGCCUGGAGUUGAUGAUUUCUUAGAACACCUUGCUCAGUAUUAUGAAAUCAUUGUGUUUUCAGACUAUUCAAGCAUGUAUGUAGAUCCUGUUAUGGAGAGAUUGGACCCAAAACAUGUUGUAAGAUUUAGGUUAGGAAAGGCUGCCACCAAGUAUCAGAAUGGAGUGCAUUAUAGGGACCUUUCAAAGUUAAACAGAGAUCCAAGAAAGGUCAUAUAUCUGAGUGCCCAUGCACGAGAAAAUAGCCUUCAGCCUGAAAAUGGUGCCGUGAUAAAGCCAUUUAAGUCUGAGUCAGAUGAUACAGCUCUUAUAGAUUUUAUCCCAUUUCUUGAAUUUGUUGCCAAUAUUCGUCCAGCUGAUAUCAGACAAGUAUUAGCAUCGUAUGAAGGCAGUGAAAUCCCAGCUGAGUUUAUUAAGCGUACGAAGGAGCAUCAGAGGAAAUUGCAAGAACAGCCAGGCCGACUCUGGAGGCGUUGAUGUCUGUGACAGCGAGAAUAAUGUAAAAACUAGGUGAUUGUUUCAGGCAUAAUUGGUAAUUAGAGAAGUUAUGAAGCCAAUUUCAAAGUUUUUUUUUUCUUUUUCAAAAGAGGAAUGAUUUUGCAGCGUGGAUAAAAUCAGGGAAAGUAUAUGUUCAGCCCAGUGUUUGGGCUGCUGACUUUCUAUACUUCUGGCACCUAGUCCAUUUUCUCUGAACAUCAUAGUUUAACCAAUGUCAGUUUACAUCUUCUUGUGCCUCCGAAAAGAGAUUUGAUCUAUUUGAUCUUGUCAUCUUGA